GUGGUUCGGUCCGUUGACCAGAGCAGCAGCAGUAGCAGUAUGGCCGACCAGAGCAGGCAAAUAAAACUCGCUGCAGCUAAGAAAAAGCUGAAGGAGUUUCAGCAGAAGGGCUCUCCUAGUGUGGGAGUGGAAAAGGGUGGAGGAGGAGGAGGAGGUGGUGGUGGAGCAGGGGCCAAAAAGAAGAGGAAGGUGAAGGGACUGAACCAACAUGAUGCAUCUUCAACAGGCAGAAACUCUCCAGACAAUUUUGACAAUAUUCUGAAAGCACUUAGUCAAAGCAAUGGAGUAGUUCUACCUCCUAAUGGCAACAGUCAGACCUUUGCUGACGUGGAGUCCGUCGGGUCACCAGUCCCCCAGCUGCUGGAGGACCCGAAGGCAGAGCCUGACCGCGGCUCGCCUGUGCCUAACCCCGCUAGCGCUAACACUCCUACUAAUCCCGAAUCUGUCGGUCACAACACUGACCUGCAGGACUAUACCGACACCAAUGGCAAUGGGAGUUUAACUGAAGAAAAAAGACCACUGUCUUCCACAGAGAGCCUGCGACAGCUCUCCCAGCAGCUGAACGGCCUGGUCUCUGGGUCAUCUGCUGCAUAUGUGAAUGGAGACAGUCCCCCUGCCAUGGGUGAGAGAGAGCUGGAGGGUCGGAACCAGGAGCUGUCAGCCGCCCUGGAGUCCAGCAACCUAACAAACUCUCAGCUAAAUACCAAGUUAGACCAGCUGGCACAGCAAUCUCAGGUGCUCUCUGAACAGCUGCAAAAGGAGCGGAAAGAAUUUGAUCAGAAAUCUUCGAAAGAGCAGGGAGCCAUGCGGGAGCAAUUACAGGUUCACAUCCAGACUAUUGGAAUACUGGUAUCUGAGAAAUCAGAGCUCCAAACAGCACUACAAUACACACAACAUGCUGCGCGGCAGAAAGCAGCUGAGGCAGAGGACUUGAAUAACCGUCUGCAGGGAACAAAGCAGAGAGUAUCCGAGCUGGAGAGAACUCUCUCUUCUGUCUCAACACAGCAAAAACAGUUUGAAAAGCAAAACAAAGAGUUUGAAAAGGCGAGAGACAGCCUGAGACUAGAGGUGUUUAGACUAAACAAUUUGAGUGAGGAGUCGAAGCAGCAGGGCUCAGAGCUGUCAGAGCAGAUAAAGCUGAGAACACAGGAGAAUGGAGCAAUGAGGAUGGAGUUGGAAGAUCUUCGCAAGAGACUCGAGAUAGCUGACCUCAUGUUGCAACAGUGCUCCAGCCAGUCAGAUCCCUCUAAUGCCACCCAGCAGGUCCAGUUACUGCUGGGAGAGAAGCAGCAGCUGGAGGCACACAAUCACCAGCUGAUGGAGUCGAUAUCCCAGCUGCAGACGGAGAGAGACUGCUAUGCAGAGCAGAUCCAGGAGGAGGGCCGUGUAUGGAAGGACAAAACAGAACAGCUGCUAACACAGGUUUCUUUGGUUGCAGAGGAAAGGGACAGAAACAUCAACCGAGUCCAAGACCUGGAAGCCAGCAUCACAGAGCUGCAACAUGUAGCAGCGUUGCUGUCCCAGGAGAGAGAGGCUCAGGAUAAUGCGGAGCCUCAGUCCUCGGGGCCCUCAGAGAGCGAGGUGGCUCUGCAGGAGGCCCUCAACGCUCUGCAUCAGGAGAAAGAUGCUCUCACUGCACAGUACCAGGCACAGCUGCGAGAUAACGAGCAGCUGAGCCGCAUGUGUACAGAGCAGGAGACACGUCUGGGAGAGCUGGAGCGGCAGUUAGAGAGCCAGGUCCAGGAGGACGGGGACCGCCGACGCAUGUUAGAGGAUGUUCAGUCAGAUAAGGCCACCAUUAGCCGAGCUCUCACUCAGAACCGAACGCUGAAGGACCAGCUGGCUGAGCUACAGAACGGAUUUGUCAAACUGACCAAUGAGAACAUGGAGCUGACCGAUGCCAUCCAGACAGAGCAACAUGUGAAAAAGGAGCUGGCUCGCAGAAUGGGUGAACUGCAAGAGGAAAUGCACAACUUCAAGGAGCAGCUGGAACUGAAGAGUCAGGACACUCAGGGUCUGAUGGAGCAGAGGGACCAGGUGGCCGCCCAGCUGCAGCAGUACUGUGCCGGCUACCAGACCCUGGUCUCAGAGAGGGAACAGAUCCACCACCAGUACCUGAAGCAGAUCCAGCUCAUGGACCGGCUGCAGCACGAUGAGAGCCAGGGCCGCAUGCACUUGGAGAUCAGUCAGAAUCAGCUCAAGCAAGCGCAGGAUUAUUUGGAUCUUUUGGUCAAAGACAACGAUCAGCUGAAGGCGGAGGUGAAGGAUCUGCUGAACAGUUCAGCGCUUGGCUCGGCCAGAGACCAAGGAGAUGGAGUGGAGAGCCAGUCCAUGCAAGAGAGCUCAGAGCGGUCCACCUCCAUAGUCAUCCCAGAAGACUUUGAGAGCAAGAAAGACAUGGAGGAGUUUAUCCGUGGAGCUUUGACUCGGGUUGAGGCGGAGAGGGACGAGGCCAGAAGGCAACUGGAGGAGGAGCACAGGCACCACAUGGCGGCCAGGCACCAGGCCUCUAUGGCCCUCAGCCUGGAGCAGCAGCACCACAGCCACUCAGAUGUUCACGACCAUGACCAUCACCAUGAUCAUGAGCAUGACCACGAGCAUCACCAUGAUCAUGACCACGACCAUGAUCACCACCAGGACCAUGAUCAUGACCAUCCCCAUGAUCAUGACCACGACCAUCACCAUGACCAUCACCAUGAGCACGAUCCCUCUCAGGACCCGCACAGUCACUGUGAACACGGCCAUGAGCAUUCAGAAUACAUUACGUAUAAUUUAACCAUGCCGCUCUUUCUCUCAGCUGCAGAAGCCAUGGAGGUCUUCCCUCUGUCGGAGACCAACCCCGGCCUGGAAGUCCCCUCGUCACAGGCCCAGUCGAGUGGGACGUCCCAGACUGACUCCAAGUCCCUGGGGCCCAAAGAGGACGGCACAGCCCAGCAGAUCAUGCAGCUGCUCCAAGAGAUCCAGAACCCCCAGGGAGCGCUCAGAUCACCCCCCUUCCUCGGGGAGAACCCCUGCAUCCCCUUCUUCUACCGGCCUGACGAGCAGGACGAAGUCAAGAUCCUGGUGGUGUGAGGUGUGUGUGUGAGACAGAGGUUGAUGUGUGUGUAUGAGAUAUUGGACAUGUCUUGAAGUCUGGGGAUCAUUGAACACCACAGUUUGUAGCUUGUUGAUCAUAUACUCACAAACACUCCUGAAGAAAUAUGGCACCCUGCAACACUGGUCCCAGAAUGUGUUUGACCUGGUUACAUUAAAAACACCCACUCCCAGUUCUGUGUGGUGGCACUAAUGUGUGCAUGGUUCAAAAGAGAGUAUUAUCUAUAUGUUGUUUACUAUGUUGUCUUUUUUGUCUACGAUGCUCUUCCCAGAGAGAUAACCAGUAUCUGAUUAUUCUCCAAACCACCAUUUCUAUUCACCAUCCCUCGUCUCCUAUUUUACACAUAAGUGCAAUAAAGGGGCCGUAUACUGAGUCUCCUUUCUGAUACAGUACCUAAAGAGCUGUUCAAAAUAAGGAGCCUGUUCACUAUAGUGCAAAUAUCAGUUUUACAAAAAUUCAUUGUACAAAUGCCAAAAAAGAGCAUCACGUUUGAAUGUAAUAACCCGGAUAUUUACCCGUAUGUUUGUGUGAUGAGAGGAGAGCUGAUGAUGGUGGUGCACGAGGAGAAGAGAGAUGCAGAGUGAGAUGUAAGUUAAAAGUCAAGUUAAGAGUGCAUAUAAUAGCUUUUGAAUUGUUAGCGCUGUUAUGUAGUCAAGUUAAAAGCUUGCUAGUUACAUGAUGAGGUUCAGAAAAGAUGGAUGCAGGUGUCGCAGAACGUUACCUUUUCUCUACUUUUUCCUCCAAACACUGAAAAGCGUCUUCUGUCUGUACAGCGUGUAAUGUUAAUAUAUGUGAAAUGUUUGUGUUGUGAUGUCAAACAUCCUGUUCAACUGAGAGAAGGAGGGGAUAGAUGCAAUUUAAAGACCCCAUGAUAAAAGAAAACACAUUUUAAGUCAAAGUUGUUUAGGAAUAAUUAAUAAUCAUUUAUAAUUCAGAACAAUUCUAAAGCUGUGGUUGCUAUGCUUUGGGCUGCUUUCCGCAUUGACGUUUUUUCCCAGUUUUACUUUGUCAUUAGCAUGAUAGAGAUAAGGUGCAAUAACUUGAGGGAUACAGGAAGUAUGAUACAUUCUCUUUAUCUGCACUCAUAAUUCAUCUUUCUUCUUCAAAUGUCCUUAAUCUCAGACAUUUUGUUGGCCUCAUCAAAAAAUAUCCACUCUUUAUUUAUUUAUUUUGUUCCCUUAUCAAAGCUGCUCAUCCCGAACCGUAAUUUCAUGGGGUCUUUAAGUUAACACAUUGACACUAUUGAUAAGAACCAGUUUGUUUUCCAGUUACAUUUGCUUGUAGUUCCACAUAUCAAAUAUGAAUGAAUCCAAAUCCUUUACAACUGGACUGUGAGUGUGUGUGAUGCGUGUGUGUGAGAUCCAAACUGUUUCCUCUCCAGGCGAAGUUGCAUCUGUUGUACUUUUUUGUAGAGUUCUAUCAGUUUAUAUAAGUAACAUUGCACUAAAACUGUACAAAGCUUCUCAUUCGGCUCUGUCCUUUGUGGCUGGUUGGACAGUGGUAGAGCUUCAAAGCCUGUUUAAUAAAUUCUGUGGAGGAAACGUUGAAUCCUAUGAAGCCACACCAAAGCUGAGGGUUCCAGCUGAUGCAAAUGAUUGAAAGUGUGUGUGCGUGCAGUGUUGCAUUUGGAGGAUGUAUCGUAAAUAUGAACAGAAGGAGCAUGUGACGUUAUUCCCAAAGCUGUGGGACCGAUCAGAAUUUGUGAAAACGAACAUCUCUUUCCGAAACUAGUCAAAACGUGUUAUGCAACACUUGAGUGAAUUUUCUUUUGGGCAUUGGAAACGCUUUUUUCUGAAUUUAAGAUGUUGCAAGUGCCUAGCUUUACAUGAGAGAUGCUCUUGUUCAUAAAUGUAGAUUGGCGGAUGGAUUGAUUUGAUUGACACUUCUUCACUGUAAAGCUCUUUCCCUUUGCUACUAAUAACUAAGAGUUAUCACGGCUUAAAAUAUCCAUUUAAAGACCAAAUCAUGGCAAAGGCCUCUGUUUUUUUUAGAGUCUUUCCAUGGUUUGAAUAUGCAAGGACAUGAGGCUCUUACUGCAAGUCUUACUAAAAUCCCACUCACUACUUUUGGAGGUAUUUUAACCUUCUCAUUUGGAUGUUUUUGAAUUUUAAGAUCCUCUCUGAUGUGUUUUACUUUCAGGUAGAAAACACAUUUGUUCGGUUAUUGAAUUGCACAUUUGAUAUUUAUCACUGAAUGCAACAGGACAGAAAGUGUUAGUGCAAAUUGUGGUAUUUUUUGCCUAUUAUUAUAGAACAAAAAAGUCAUAUGUGGAGGCCAUAAGGCAAAGUAAACAUUGUUGCGUCUUCCUUAAACCACAGCACUUUGAUAGUACCAGGUGGUUUUGGGAUAAAUGUACUUAAUCAUUCUUGAUUAAAAAAAUUCCUCGCUUCUUAGCAUUCUGUCACUUUUUGGUUUCCUUUGAAACAUGCCACAAUAUAUAUGUUUCCUUUUUAUUUUGUUUUUGGUCUGACCAAAAGGUAAAUAUACAAUAAAAAUAAUUGUAGUGUUUUUGCGGGGCUUACGAAAUCAACUGGGAUAAAAUUACUUUCCAUACUUUCUAAUUCACUGUUAAAUAUUUAAUGCGUGAUUGAAACAAAAAGCAAUGGGAAAGCAUUUAUUGUCUUUACUGUAAAAGAGGUGGUGUAAAUACUGUAACUGUAACAUAUUGUAUAUUCAUUAUGCCUGGUGUGUGGGGGAAGUGCUGCUCUGCCAUGUUCACAGGCAGUGCGGACAGUGUGUCUGAAGUUUGUCCAGAGUCGAGGUGUGGGCGGUUACUGACUGGCUGUGAUUUAAUACAAAGAUUGACUUAAGAAAAUAUUCUAUUUAUUUGGAAUAAGUUAGUAUCUCAACUAAUCAGUUUUAAUGUAAAAUAGAAGUGGAUGGAAAUGAAGGAUCAUUCAGAGAACUGAUUUGUUCGAGGGCUGCUUCUGACAGAAGCUUUCUGAUUUUUUGUUUUGUUUCCCUUGAGUAAUAUUUUCUCUCCUUCUCCUGAAUAAAACUGAUUGAGCAACUUCAAAACA